CCCACUUUCUAUACAAACUGAUACAUAACCUAUGACACCUAGCUAUUUCCCAACUUAACCAAGCUGAGCAUCUUGAUCGCAAUGGCCACGAAAGGCAUCAACUCCAAGUCACCUACCAUCCGCCGUAUCCUCCGCGAAGCCGCUGAACUCUCCUCGACGCCCUCUCCCGACUUCCACGCCCUCCCUACAGAAACAGACCUCUUCACGUGGCACUUCACACUCCGCGGUCCGCCCACCUCCGUAUACUCCUCGGGAAUUUACCAUGGCCGCAUCGUCCUCCCACCCACCUACCCUCUCCGCCCACCGUCCUUCCGCUUCCUCACCCCAAGCGGCCGCUUCGAGGUGAACCGCGAGAUCUGUCUCAGCAUCAGCGGCCACCAUGAGGAGACAUGGAUGCCCGCGUGGGGUGUGAGAACGGCCCUUGUCGCGCUGCGGUCAUUCUUAGAGACGCCAGCCGCGGGGCAGGUUGGGGGUUUGGACACGACGGAUGCGACGCGCCGGCAGCUCGCUGACCAGUCGAGAGGGUGGGCGUGCCAGGGAUGCGGGAAGACGAACGUGGAGAUAUUACAGGAGAAUGAGGAAGCAGCAAAGGCGUUAGAAGCAGAGGGGAAGGCGAGGCAGGAGGACACGGUACCAGAUGAGCUGAAGCUGGGAUAUAGGGAGGAUAUCGAGAAGGGGUCGGGGAAACCACAAGAUGAUAGCGCGGAGGCUAGCAGCGCGUCGAAGAGUCAAACCGCAGCCGAUGAAAGGAUGGGAGACACAGAGGCGGAACUAGCGGAGGGAUUUGUACAAACUGCUCCUCUCAUACCAGUCGAUGCUCCAACUUUCACUCCACCACCUCAGUGGCAACCACAAUACGCCGCCGGACAACCAGGACAAGCCGUACCCACGCCUACAAGCGCAGCACCUGCUUACGCCCAUGGACCCGCUCCAGUCCAUCACCACCAACCCGAUUUCCACGCUAUAGCACAUGGCCAUGCGUGGCCUCAGCAACAAAUGCAACGAAUGCAACAGGUCCGACGAAAUCAGCCUGACUGGUCGAACGAGGGCGUGCCACUAUGGGUCGACCGCGCGAUCCUGGGCGUCGUAACUGCGCUAGUCGUCAUGCUGCUAAAAAUUGUCCUUGAGUUGUAGCGAUAAGUGUUGAGGCGGGCGAUUUCAUUUCAGGACCGUGUUUAGGCGUUAAGGGCGAUCAUAUCGGUGUAGGCGCAGACGAGCGGGCAUUCACGGGUGUUGAUUGAACGAGUCAUACGCUGUAGAUAGAAAUAACAGCGUACUUUGUGUAUAUUGGGAUAUCAGAUACC